AUGACUGAAAACCCCAUCCCCCUCUUCUUCUUCUUCUUCUUCCCCCGAACCCCUCCUCAAAGCAGUCCCUCCUCCACCUCCACCCACACCUCCACCACUCCAUCCUCAGAAAAAUCCGUCCAACAAGCACGUCUCGGUGGCCCCCUUACCGUUCUCGGCUCAGCGCUAAUCUUCUACGCCUCCUUUGGCCUCAUGAGCAGCUUCGGCUUCUUCCAGGACUACUACUCGCGCGAGUUUCUGUCCUCGAGCUCCAGUUCGAGUAUAGCUUUGGUAGGGACGCUGCAGAUGGGGCUGACGAAUCUUAUGGGAGCGCUUUCGGGAGCGCUGUGUGAUCGGUUUGGUGUCAAGUGGUUGCUGGUGGGUUCGGGGUUCGGGGUUACGACGGCGUUGGUGGUGCUUUCGUUUGUGCAAUCAGGCCAGUUUUGGAUUGUGUUUUUGAUACAGGGGGUUCUGAUGGGGUUGUCGAUUUCGUUCGGGGUGCAGCCUGCACUUACGGUUGUGGGGCAGCAUUUCAAGGCAAGGAGGGGGUUGGCGUUGGGGGUCGUGUCGAUGGGGUCGGCGGUUGGGGGGAUUGGGUUUCCGUUGAUGCUGGGACAGGUGAUGCCGAGAUGGGGGUUUGGCGUUGCGAUGAGGUUGGCGGCUGGCAAGGUUGUGGUUUGUUACUCGAUUGCGUUGUGCUUGUGCACUAGUAAGCCUGUUCGAAGCUCGGGCUGUAAGGAGAGCACCUUUCGGGUAGACUUUGGUGGGUUCUUGGAUCCUCGGUAUGCGGUUCUCUGCGUGGGGACGUGGUUUGCUAUCCUCGGUCUUUGGCUUCCGGCGUAUUAUGUCAAAACUUACGCUGAUAAUAUAUACCCCGGAAACAAUGUUAGCAAAUACUUCCUUUGUAUGAUGAAUGGCUGCAGCAUGCUUGGUGGAACAUUAGGCGGUCUCCUAGGCGACCGCAUAGGCCGAUUCAAUCUCCUCUGGCCCGUCACGUUCCUCUCAGGCUGCCUCUGUCUCUUCCUCUGGCUCCUAAGCACCAACCUCUCCACACUAAUAUUCUUCGUCUGCGCAUACGGUUUCUUUUCCAGCAGCGUAAACACACUCCCAACCUCGAUCAUCGGACAGAUUACGCCAGACGACAAGUUCGGCGCGAGGACUGGAGCGUUCUACAGCGUCAUCACCAUCUCGAGUCUGAUCGGGACGCCUAUUGGCGGAGCACUUAUUGUAGACGAGCAUGUUCGGGAGGGAUAUCGAUGGUUGAUACUGUUUUCGGGAACUGCACUCAUUGUCGGCUCCAUGUUCAUGCUCGGCAGCCGUAUGCUGCACGGCAACGACUCGCGCAGGAAACAAGAAAUAGAGGUAUCCUAG